UUCUUAUCCUAACAGAGAACUAGUUUUCUUUUUUGCUUCAUCGGGCGGCACACACUUUGCUUUCUCCCGUCAUAGAGGGAGAGGCUGACUUUGGUUGAUUUGCUGCAUGCUUGGCCAUUUCCUAUCAUUUGGCUUGAUUGGAAAGAGAUUCACUACUACUUCAUCAAGACCAAGUCCUCUGGUUCUGCAACGUACCCAACGACGGUACACCUCAUCAUUACUCUAUGUCGACAAAGGCGCGGUGGUCGUGAACAAGCCACCCGGUUUAGUGUGCCAAUUGGGGCAUAACGAGGAGUCUAGGACUCAGAGGAAACCAAAUGAGGGCGAUUUCGAGACCCUUUUGAAUGAGAUUCAAGAUACGUUGAGUUUGCCAGAGCGACCAUACCCUCUUCAUAGGCUUGACAAGUCCACUACGGGAACGCUUGCCCUCGCUCUCAAUCGUCAAACGGCUCGAGACCUUUCGCAACAAUUUCAAGCACAUAAUCUGGACAAAACCUACCUUGCGAUUGUUCGCGGCGGGGAGCGCUCUUUUCGUGAGCUCAAAGGCGUCAUCACGAACUACCUCCGAUGCGAAAGUGAUGGAUCGGUAUCCGUUACAAAGAAACCAGAGCAGAAAUCGAAGAAAGAUAGGCACAGGUGGAUUAGCCCUGCUGAGACUGAAUGGGAACUGGUGGCAUCUUCUCCUUCUGUGCCGCUCUCGCUGAUGAAGCUCACGUUGCGAACCGGCCUGAAACAUCAACUACGUGUACACAUGGCGCAGGUACUUCAAGCUCCAAUUCUUGGCGAUACGCGGCACGCAAGUUCAAAGAUAUCUGAGAAGAUCACUAGCGUUGUCCAGAUACCUCCGGAUUAUCUUUACCUUCACGCCUCCAGUCUAUCUUUUAGCCGUUACUUCCCAAAGCAGACCCGAGUGAAGGUCGUGGCCCCACUCCCUGGUUACUUCACAAAACUCUGCGCAAAGGUUGGCAUACAUAUUCCGAGUGAAUUCACCAAGGAUGGGGUUUGGAAGGACAGCGUCGAAGUGAAGAAUGUCGUCAAAGACUUCUUGGGUCAAGAACAAGUUGACGUAUCACCUCCGAUGACGGAAAUGGUUCCAGAAACCCCUCCAACUGCCGAAGGUUGACUGGACGACCUGCUUCAAUUCGGCGCACUGCAUGCAGCCAUUUCCGCCGCGACGGAGUCAUCAGCUGAUCCGGUCGCCAUAGGACUGGUUGGACCUUGCAAGAACUGUUGCAUCCCUUAACCAGCAAUCCGUUGCGUUGCCGUCAACAUAGAAGGCUCUAUCUGCCAUCCCAUCGUGCAUCAUCGGAAAUUAGACUUCAAGAACUGCCUGCCCUCAGCAUAUUGCUCAUAGAAAGGUCUCAGACCUGACUUCUAUACAGAAGAACAUACUUCUACGCGCGUGAAUACACCGACUUUUCC